AUAUUCCGAAAGUUGGAUUUUGAAAAGUCUCAAAUAAUAUCAUUGCUCUGGAGCACCAAUGGAGGACCAGUCCACACAUAUAUUCUUCUUUCUUGCUUUGAUCAUGCUGCCAUCAGGUUGUUCUCCAGUAGAUACCAUAUCUGCAAAUCAAGAAAUCAAGGAUGGUAAAGCCACCCUUGUUUCCAAAGGCGAAAUGUUCGAAUUGGGCUUUUUUAGUCCCGGGAAGUCUAAGAACCGGUACCUGGGGAUAUGGUACAAGAAGAUAUCAUAUGGGACUGUUGUAUGGGUUGCUAACAGGGAGAUCCCAAUUGCAGAUACAUCAGGCAUGCUCAAACUUACCAGACUGGGAAACCUGGUGAUUCGUAGUGGCGGAAACCCGAUGGUUUGGUCAUCCAAUUCAACGGUAUCUGUGUGGAAUAAUAAUCCAAUGAUGGUUGUGGCAGUGCAGCUUCUAGAUUCUGGAAAUUUAGUUGUGUGGAAUAAAAAUAAAAUGAUUUGGCAAAGUUUUGACUAUCCUGGUGACACACAUCUACCAGGAAUGAAAUUCGGAAAUGACUUGGUAACAGGGCUGCAGUGGUCCAUGACAUCUUGGAAGAGUCCCGAUGAUCCUUCUGUAGGUGUGUAUAGACAUAUACAAGACACGAAUGGGUAUCCACAAAAUUUGAGGUUUAAAGGUGAAAUUUUAUUGGGGAGACUUGGACCGUGGAAUGGUCUCGGUUUUAGCGGUUUUCCUAUAGAAAAAGAAAAUCAGAUUUACUCAAUCAAGUUUGUCAUGAAUGAAAAGGAAAUCUAUACUACAUAUGAAGUUAAGAGUUCAGUUGUUCAGCGGAUGGUUUUGACAUGGGAUGGCAAGGCACUAGUUUUGCAAUGGAUUGAGCGAAUCAAAGACUGGAUUGUUUAUGCCACCGCUGAUAUAGAUACUUGUGAUCGAUUUUCACUCUGUGGUCCAUAUGGAAUCUGUAGCAUUAACAAGCAUCCACCUUGUUCUUGCAUGGAUGGUUUUGAACCAAGAAAUCCAAGAGAAUGGGAAGCAUCUGAUUGGGUAAGUGGGUGUAUACGCAAAAAGCCUCUGCAUUGUAGGAAUGGGAAUGAGAUUGGUGAUGGGGAUGGUUUUUUGAAAAUUGCAAGAGUGAAGGUACCAGACACACGACGGGCAUGGUAUAAUGUGAGCAUGACCCUCGGAGAAUGUGAGAUGGCCUGCAAACGGAACUGCAGUUGUACAUGUUAUGCCAAUAUAGAUAUUAGAAAUGGAGGAAGUGGAUGUUUGCUAUGGUUUGAUCAGCUUCUGGACAUUAGAGAGUUUGAUGUAGAUCAAGAUAUUUACAUAAGAAUGGCAGCCUCGGAGUUAAAAGGUCUGGUGGAUUCCCUGUCCGAUGUCAACAAAAAGAAAAGAAUACUUAUACUGGUACUUUUAACUUCAUCAGUUGUGACACUCCUCUUCGCAGCGGGUUAUGCAUGUCCAAAGCUAAAGAAACGACCUCAUAUGAAAAGACGAGGGAAGUGGUCUGGGCAGGAUGAAAAGGAUGCAAGUCUGCAGAUGGAACAACUUGAUGAUUUACAAUGUCUUAGCCUACAUGAGGUAGUAAGGGCAACAAAUAACUUCAGUGUCUCCAAUAAGAUUGGUGAAGGCGGCUUUGGUACUGUUUACAAGGGUGUGUGGGAAGAUGGAAGAGAAAUAGCUGUGAAGCGGCUCUCAGAAACAUCCCAACAAGGGCUUGAUGAGUUCAAGAAUGAAGUCAUCUGCAUUGCAAAACUUCAGCAUCGGAAUCUUGUGAAACUUCUCGGAUAUUGCGUUCAUCAAAAUGAACUGAUUUUAAUUUAUGAAUACAUGACUAACAAAAGCUUGGACUGGUUUCUCUUUGAUGAAACAAGAAGUUUGAUGCUUAACUGGCCUCAACGACUCAAUAUAAUACAUGGGAUAGCGCGAGGUAUUCUCUAUCUACAUCAAGAUUCCCGCCUCCAAAUUAUCCACAGAGAUCUAAAGGCAGGUAAUAUUUUGCUGGACGGAGACAUGAAUCCAAAAAUAUCUGACUUCGGCCUUGCGAGAAUAUUUGUAGGACAUGAUGCCACUGCUAAGACAAAGAAAGUGGUGGGAACAUAUGGUUACAUUUCUCCGGAGUAUGCAGUGCACGGGCGUUUCUCUAUAAAAUCUGAUGUGUUUAGUUUUGGUGUUCUGGUGUUGGAGAUAAUUUGUGGAAAGAAAAACAAAGAAUUCUCUCAUGGAGACCACAAUGAUAACCUUCUUGGACAUGCAUGGAGACUCUUUAAAGAAGGAAGGUCUAUUGAAUUAAUGAGUGGAUCAUUACAGACCUCACAUGUCAUCUUUGAAGUACUAAGAUCUAUACAUGUUGCGUUGUUAUGUGUGCAGCAUCAUGCAGAAGAUAGACCAACGAUGUUGUCAGUGGUUCUAAUGCUGGUUAGUGAGGGGCCAUUGCCUGAUCCUAAACAGCCUGCUUUUUUCAAUGAAGAGGGCUUCCGUGAACUCGAAACACUUGCAUCUGUUGAUGAAGCCACACUAACAAUGUUGCAUGCUCGAUAGCAAGCAUGCAUUUAUGUUAGAAAAAGGUUCAAACACCUGUAAUGUUUUGACAGUUUGUGGAUAAGGACUCACCCCUAAGUAAAUAUCUAAUAAUUUUCAUUCGUUCA